AUGUCUGCCAGCUCUGGUAACAACGGAGUCAAGAAUCUUCGGGCAAUGUUCGAGAACAAAUCUGGCGAUCAAUCCACAUCUCCACCGAGCCGCGGUCGAUCUCCCAAUCCUUCAGAGUUCUCCAACAGCAGUAGACCUGUCAGUAAGGUCCGAGCGAGCUUCGUGGCCGUCGAAAAACCAGGCGAAAACGGAGGCCCCGCAUUGUUAGGUCUUAGAAGGGCCAGCGAAGUGAGCAGUAUGGGAGGCAUACAAGAGAAUGCUAUUGUGGACAACGAGGGCACAGAGAAGCCGUCUGUCUCAUCCGACACUGACACCGCAUUGAAGGAUGUCAGCGCCAACAUUCCAGAAUCGACGCUCCCCUCGGACGGUGCCCAUGAAGACGGCGGCUUGGGUAAGAUCCUUAAAGGCUCAGCGUUUAUUGAGAACACUCCUUCCAAGCCCCCUACAAAUGUGACCAAUCUGGGUCAUGCUGUUGCUUCGGGUCGACUCCAACAGAAAGCACCUCUGUCGUCACCCUCGAAACCCAAGAACGAGUCAAAUGCGGCUGCGAUGGUGGACAAAAUGCAGGCAUCUAAAGAAAACAAACCAGGACCACCACCGACGACCACACUCAAAACUACAGAGACUGCGCAGCCGAUAAAGGCGCCGCCCACAAGACAAAUCAACUCCAAAGUUGUGCCCAAGUCGCCUAUUGUCACACAACCCUCACCAAGAACACCUACCUCCCCCAAGAUGAACAUCAGAGGCGGACCUGCGAAGAUCCGAGGAGUGAUUGACUCCGCGAAAGAAGCGCAAAAGGCGAGAGAAGCGCCGAAAGAGGCUAAGGACGAGCAAGAGAAGUCACAGCCACCCGCGUCCAAGGUCAACACACAGGCCAAGUCAAGGCCUGCACCCAUCGCAGCAAAGAAAGAGCAAACUCCUGCAUCCCCAAAGAGCGUCAAGUCACCCACCAUAGUCAAGCCCAAACCUCCCACAGUCCCGGGCAAACUUCCUGCUGCGGCUACUGCGACUACAGCAUCAGCAGCGGCUAAGCACGACGAGGCACAGCACCCAACAACCGAGGCCGAGCGUAAACAUGAUAUGAAGAAGAGCGCUCCUCCCACAUCACGGCCGCCUCGGGCUAGUACCGCAUCUACAACCGCAACCCUGGCCAAAAAGGCCUCUCGAGCGUCUUUGACCAACGGUCACCAGAGACCGCACUCUCGUGCUAGCACAAGCAAACCGGAUGAAGGGUUCUUGGCCAGGAUGAUGAGGCCAACGGCAAGCAGCGCCCAGAAAGCACAUGAGAGAGCGCAACCCAGUACUCCUCCCAAGAAAGGAGGAAAGACAAUGCUGCCACCCAAGACUAAGCCAACGACGAAGCAAGAGCAACCACCAAAGAUGCACGUGGACACGCCGAAAGAGCCCGAAACUGGAGACAAGGAGAAUUACGGUGAUCGUCAGCAGGAGCAGGAUCAAAUCACGCUGCCAGAGGUAGGGCAGCCUUCGUCUUCCGACACCACGAAGCCAGAUGCCAUAAAUGCCGAUGCGAAAACAGAACCGAUCGCUUCUGAGCCUGCUCCCCAGACAGAACAUGACCGAGUGAACGGCGAGGCCCAGAAGGUAUAUUGA